GUCAGCAGUGCCACGUCAGACACAGUGCCACGUCAGACACAUUGCCACGUCAGCAGUGCCACGUCAGCAACAUGACAAGCCUGCCAGGCCAGCUGGCCAAUGAGCCCAUUGCCGACUACAAAAGGCGCUUCCAGGCUCAGCUCGCAUUAAUCGAGGCUGAGGAACAAUGCCAGCUGGCAGCCAAGGAUGCCCAGCUACAGGCUGAAGAAGCGGCAACAGAAGAGAAUCUGCGGCUACAGGCCGAAGCAGACGCAGAUGCCCAGGCUCGCCGCAAGGAAGCCCAGGAUCUGCUGCAGCGACAUGAAGCCAACAGCAUCGAGAAACUCAAGUUCUGGCACUUUGAACCAAACGGCGACGACGCAACACCGGAAGAGCAGCAUAAGGAGUUCCUCUCCAAACUCGUGACACGGUUGUUGUGUGCUUGCAACUACCAACGGUCCAAGUUGGAGAAACAGAACCAGGAACUGCAGCAACAGUACCAGGAUCUGAAGACACAGCACCAAGAGUUGGUGAACCUCCGCCGGAUGGUGCAGAGCCACGAGGAUGCGACACGGGCACUCAAUGCCCGUGUACUGGAACUGGAACAGGCAGUACCAGGACCAGAUGCUGGUGCCUCCAGCAGUGCACCCUCUAGCCGCCAACUGGAGGAACGCGUUGACCACGUAGUGGCAAUGCUGGGCGGCAUCAGCAACUUCGCGGCGCCAGCCACCAUCAGCAGCCAUCUGGACACAUUGAAGACCGAGGUCCAGCAACUGCAGUCGACGAACACGGAUGGCAAUCCAAAGCAAUACAAGAUGCCAACUUUCAACUUGACAGGUUCGACGACUACACGCAUCAGGACCCGGUGCUCUGGUGGGAAGCAUUCACGACGCAGCUUCGGAUUCUGCUCGCCAAAGGUGUCAUUCGUAUUCGAUGACGACGCGCGUCGGUCAUUCCAAGCACUUAAGCCGACCAUGCUCAUGGCACCCAUCCUUAGCAUCUAUGACCCCACCCUGCCGACGAGAGUGACUACGGACGCUUCCGGUUAUGGCAUUGGGGCAGUCUUGGAACAACACGACGGCGACGACUGGCACCGUGUGGAGUAUUUCAGCCACAAAGUGCCUCCCAUCAACUCGCUUGAUGAUGCAAGGAAGAAGGAGCUGCUCGCAUUCGUCAUGGCUCUCAAGCGAUGGCGGCACUUCCUCCUUGGGCGUCGUAGAUUCACAUGGGUUACGGACAACAAUCCAUYGACCUACUACAAGACGCAGGAUAUGGUGAGCAGCACGAUCRGUACUUCAUCGACCAAUUCGACUUCACACCGAAACAUCUUCCCGRCCUCUCCAAUCGCSCARYAGAUGCACUCUCGCGAAGACUCGAUCUUUGCGCUAUGACACAUCAUGCCUUCGCAUUCGACGAGGAGCUUCAGCGACACUUCAUCCKCGCAUAUGAGUCUGAUCCGGACUUCGCCACGCUGUAUG